AUGGGAGUACUUGGCUCGAUUCCAAUUCCCAAGCAGCAUGUUUUAAUAGGGCUGGACAAUCCGUUUCCAAAUGAAGAUACAGGAUCCGAUCUCGAAGCUCAUUCCAUCAUAGUGAUGGGCCUAGGCGCCCAGUUCCAACGGCGACUGCAAGACGACGUGCGACACCCCGCGAGUGCUGCAACAGCGACCGCCGCGAAGAACGAUGACGCCCAUGUGGGCCCAUGCCCGCGAACAUCGGACAACACUGCUAUCAUCCUCAUUAAGGAUAAGCUAAUUCACUAA